AUGUCGUCUUCUUUCGCUCCACGAGGAGAUUCUCCCGACUCGGGUCUCCCGCCCCCGACUAAUCCGUUCGGAUCGAACCCUUUCGAUACCGAUAACGACUCCAGCGCUGUCGCGUCGCUUGCCAGCGAUUCGACAUUCACCGUGAAUGCCAUCCACGGCCCCUCUCCCACAGACACACCCUACAGAUCAGGGCAAAGAUCCAGCUGGGCGGACUCUUCCAACCACCGCAUCAGCAGACCCGAAAUUGAACCGUCACCAUUGGCACAAGAGGUGCACAGCGAGAAGGGUCACCACCACUCGUCGUCCGACACGGACAUCGAGGCCAACCAUGUCCCACCCAUCGUGUCUGAUCCCGAAAAGGCCAACGAGAAGCACACGACUGCUCUUCGGCCCUCCUCAGGAGACUCCUUCCCCAAGCGCUUGUAUAACCGCUUUCGCGCAACCUACUGCCCGAAGGAGGAGCCGCCUCUGGUGCUACCGGUUUGCCCAAACGACACCGAGAAGCUCACCUACGUCCACACCAACCGCAUUCUCCUGUACGUCUUUGGCGUCUUUUCGUUCCUCUCGCUCGGCGCCGGAAUGUGGCUGUUUGCGCUCUCCGCGCCCGCCUUCUACUGGUACGGCGUCUUUGCUGGUGCCAUGUGCAUCUACUUGAUGAUCUCGUACGCCGUUGGUAUUAUUGGAAGAGAUUGGGACUACAAGGCUCACUUGGAGCUCGUCGAGCGCUUCCCCAUCACCGAGGAGAACGCCCCGACCGUUGACAUUUUCCUCCCCUGCUGUUCCGAACCCCUCGAGAUUCUGGAAAACACUUACAAGCACAUUGUCAACAUCGACUGGCCCGCUUCCAAGCUCCAGGUUCACGUCAUGGACGACAGCGCAUCGGAUACUGUCCGCGCGCUGGCCGAGAAGUAUGGUUUCAACUACUCUGUCCGCGACGACCGCCCUCGCCUCCGAAAGGCUGGUAAUCUGCGAUGGACCUUUGCCAGAACCAACGGAGACUUCUUCGCCAUCUUCGAUGCAGACUUCUGCCCCCGACCCGACUUCGUGAAGGAAUUGAUUGUGGAGCACUUGGGCGACGAUAAGACGGCCCUGGUCCAGAGCCCGCAGUACUUCCGUGUCACCGACGACCAGACCUGGGUUGAACAGGGUGCCGGCGCGACGCAGGAAUUGUUCUACCGUGUUGUCCAGGUCAACCGAAACAAGUGGGGAGCUUCUAUCUGCGUCGGAAGCAACGCUCUCUACCGACGUGAAGCUCUCGUCGAGGUCGGCGGUACCGCUGAAAUUGGGUUCUCCGAGGACGUCCAUACUGGCUUUGGCGCCGUUGAUCGCGGAUGGCACGUCAAGUACAUCCCUCUCUGCCUUGCCACCGGUGUAUGCCCGAACUCUCCCCGAGCCUUCUUCUCUCAACAGAUGCGCUGGGCUCGUGGCUCUACCACUCUCCUCACCAACGGUCACUUCUGGGUUUCCAAUCUCACCUUGAUGCAGAAGAUCUGCUAUCUUUCCGGCUUCCUUUACUACUCUGCUGUCUCACUCAACAUUUUCCUUGCUCCCAUCGCCGGUACUCUCCUGCUUGCCAUUCGUCCUGAGUGGUUCAAGUUCUGGAACUUGGCCUUCGCCAUCCCGAGUAUCCUGUACGGCGUAAUUCUAAUGCGUGUAUGGGCGAAGGCAAAGUAUGGCUUCAACGUCCAGCACGUCGUCACGAUUCAGAGCUACGCGUACCUCACCGCCAUCAAAGACCGCCUUUUCAACAUCGAACUCCUCUGGGCCGCCUCAGGUGACGCCAAAGCCCACAAGAGCAACAAGUACCGCAACAUGCGUAUUCUCUGCAUCUCGUGGACCAUUUUGGUGACUGGCGCUAUGGUCGGUGUGGUCACAUGGCGUAUUAUCAACGGCUUUCCAUGGUACCACCCGCUUCCCCUUAUCAUCAUCAACGUCUACAACUUCUUCGUCAAUCACUACUUUAUGUUCUGCAACUGGUAG